AUGUCCUGGGCUCCCAUCCUCCUCAUGCUGCUCAUCUGUGGUGCAGGCUGUGGCUCUCAGCCUGUGCUGCACCAGCCACCACGGGUGUCCGCCUCCCUCGGGACGUCAGUCAGCCUCGCCUGCACCCUGAGCGGCGACUACAACGUGGGCCUUUAUAAAAUCUACUGGUACCAACAGAGGCCCGGCCAGUCUCCGAGGUUCCUGCUGAGUUUCUUCUCAUCCACGAAGAAGAAGCAGGGUCCCAAGGUCCCCUUGCGCUUUUCCAGCUUCAAAGACGUGGCCAGGAACACGGGGUACCUGAGAAUCACCAGCUUGCAGGAGGAGGACGAGGCUGUGUACUACUGUGCUGUGGGGUCACAGAGCAUGGAGAGGGAGAAGGGGGAGGACAAAGAGUUUGAGGCUUCAGGGUCUGAGGCCCCCUAA